AUGGCGUAUCCAUAUUAUCCUCUGCCACAGCCCUCUGCUCCCCCUAACAUGCCGGCGAUUCCCAACGUCGUCAUUGGUCCUCAAUUUUGUGCUCCGUAUCCAGUGGAUCUGGCCGUCAUGAAAAAGGUGAUGACCAUUUCAGAUGGAAACUUCGCGGUUACAGACAUGAACAACAAUAUUAUUUUCAAAGUUAAGGGUUCUCUAUUAACCUUACGUGACCGUCGUGUCUUAAUCGACGCCGCUAACAACCCCCUUGUCACCCUACGACGGAAGAUAAUGACUGCACAUGAUCGAUGGCAAGCUUUUAGGGGUGAAAGCACAGAAACCAAAGAUCUAAUCUUCACUUUGAAACGAUCAUCCCUUAUUCAGUUUAAGGCCAACCUAGAUGUGUUCUUAGCCAAUAACACCAAAGAAGAUGUUUGUGACUUUAAGGUCAAAGGUAGUUGGUUUGAACGAUCUUGCAUUGUUUAUGCUGGUGAAUCUAACAACAUCGUUGCCCAGAUGCAUAAGAAGCAUACUGUUCAGAGUAUUGUGAUUGGGAAAGACAAUUUCAUGGUCACAGUGUAUCCCAACAUUGAUUAUGCGUUCAUAGUGGCGCUAAUUGUGAUUCUUGACGAGAUUAACGGAGAUGAUGAGUAG